CAUUAUUUGAUGUGGGGCCAUUUAGGAGUCGCAGAACCACAUACCCAUGGUAGAAUACGUCAGUGAAGUAUGAUCCGAAAGGACUCUUUCCUGGCUAAACUCUCGUUUUUUCGAGAGGCGAUGGAAUAUGACUUGCGUGACAACAUACAUGUAAAAACAGGUUUACAACAAUAUUAGUUAAGAAUCAUGGGGAUCAGUAUCGAGCAGUGGCGAUGUACCAUUGGUUCAUUUCAUCCACGUCAUUUGAACACUGGACGCAUAGUUGUCGUCCACGUACGAAGCAAACCAGUAAAACCAUCCGAAACAAAUGGCCUUGAGGAGACUCGAGAGGGAAGGGUAAAUACAAUGGAUGACCCAUAUGGUUAUGGAAGAAUAUUCUCUUGGAUUCGGUCAUUGAGAAUCGACCCUCGGUUGUUAGUAGUCAUUGCAUUUCUGCUGUUGAUUGGAGGUGUAGAAGUCAACCCAGGGCCCUUGACACCUGAUAGUAACAAUGGAACACAGUUGAAUGAACUACGUGUUAAGAUUAAGGGGAAACUAAGACACAUGGAUGAGUCAAUGACAAGAUUGAAGAAUAAAGUACUUGGUACACAGAAUAUGAUUUCUGUCAAUAAUGACGUUCACCUGGAUAGUGGCUCUGAUAAUGAAGCUGAAAUCGAACUCCAAGACAUGGACGAUGAAGAUCUUCAAAUCCUAGACCUUUUGCUUGAAAUGGUAAUGGACAUAGAUGAGAAAGUAAAAGAAGAACACAGUGGGAAAGGAUCUCCAUCUCAAGUCUCCAUCACAACAAAUGAUCUAGACACAAACGACGAGGCGAGUAACAAAGUCACAUGGGCAAAGGAACUGCUUGAACAACUAGAUGAUACACUGAAGGUGCUUCGAGUGUUUGAGGCUUACCUAAUGCUAGUGAGUGCACCACCAAAUAAAUCGGCUUUUCCGAAAGAGAUGUCAACAUUUCAACAUCUGAAUACCAUUAUCAACAGUAAAAAGGAAUGGUCAUCAGAUACUGGAUCCAUGAAAACGUCGCUGAGUUAUCUCAUUCUCAAGGCAUUGGUUAAGAAAUGUGGUUGGUCGAUAGAAGGCAACACUCCGGAUCAGAACACAGGCGACAGUCUAUUUGAGGCUCUCUGCCAUCAACUCGUUUACACGAAAACGACUAAUACAACCCCUACGGAGUUGAGACAGAAACUAGUGGCUUAUGUAAAGCAAAAUACACAACUGGAGAAUGGAGACCAUGUUAUGGCACUAUUUGACACAACUACGAAUGAUGAAUGGAGAAUACAUUGUGAGCAAAAUGAGGGGAAAUUUGACAAUGAAAUGAAACUACAGUACUACACAGGUUCGCACAUGAACAAACCAGGGACACCGGGAGAUAUGUUGAUGAUAUGGGCGUGCACGCAACUGUAUAAUGUUGACGUGGAAAUAUUCCCAGCUGCCUCCGAUCGGUCGUAUAAAAUAUCUGUAAAAGAUGAUCACGACAAGAGCAUAAGAGCGACUAUCAGACUUGGGUUCAUCGGUCAGGCUUGUUUCGUGAGCCUUGUCAGCACCAACAAAGAGUCAACCGAAUACAUGUACCAUCUCGGACGUCAAAUUACAGCCUGUGACCAGGUAUCCGAAGCUAAGAAACAAGCGGGACUAAUGACCGAAUUGGGCUUAGAAUACGCAGCGUUGGCCCUGGAAACACAAGAUGGCUGGCAUUUUAAUUACGCAGCAACUCUGUUUAAUGCAGCUCUACGACGCGUUGAGGGAUGUGCGGCAGAUUGCCCCGAAGGUGAGAUAAUUGUGAGAAACAAGCCUCUCACCGCUGAAUAUUUACAUCAUGAACUCCAACAAAUAGAGACUGCUUUCCUUAAACUACAAUCAAGUGAAAACAAUGAGCCAACACUUAGUUGUACCAAAAGGUACAAAGAAAUACUGAAGACAAUAAGAACAUAUUCAACAGAAACAAUCAAUGACAUCCAUACCAAUGAUAUGCAAAUUGACAGUAUUACGUCAGACAUGAGUCUUGACAAUGAGAAGCAAACAAUUUCAAACAGUAAAGGAUACUAUGCUAAAUUAACAGACUUGAUUAAAGCAUUCCAUAAGCAGUUAGUAGAUGAGUGUGUAGCGGUAUUAGGUGAACCCGACUGUAAGUAUGUCAUGUUAGGGUUAGGGUCGCUUGCUAGAAAGGAAGCAACCGCUUGGUCAGAUCUUGAGUCGGCGAUCAUAUUUGAUCCUACAAGGAAAACACAUAAGGAAUGUGAUGAGAUAAAACGGAAGUUCAGAGUAUUUGUUCAUUACGUCCACAUGAAAGUGAUCAACUUAGGGGAAACCAAAGUCAAUGUUCUGGACAUCCCCGUACUCACUGAUUUCAAUUCCAGACUCCCCCAUAAUGUUGAUGAUAAUGAUUUCUUCGAUAGGGCUACCCCUCAAGGGUUAUGUUUUGAUGGAACCUUACCCAAGGCAAGUAAACAUCCACUAGGAAGAAGCUCAACUAGUGUUCCACAUAAAAAAUCGGCUAGUCUAGAACUCAUAAUGACACUUAAGGAAAUUGUCAAAUGUCAGUCGGAAGAUGUGGCUAUCAAAGAAGGAUAUCACCUUAGCGAUGUGUUGAUGACAUCUACUCUAAUACACGGUGAUCAAUCUCUUUGGAAAACAUACAAUGAUGAAGUCCAUAAAAUUCUUGCCUCACCGUCUACCACAAAUCCCAAAGUAACCAUUGGAACAGAACGUGGACAGAAUACAUUGAAAGAUGAUUUGAAAACCUAUAUCAGACGUCCUCUGAUACCAGAAUCAUUUCAAAAACAGUUACGAACAAAGCACGACAUCUAUAGAUUUGCUACGAUUUCUAUCAAUACUCUGAAACUUCUGUAUAACUGCAUCUCAUUCAACCCACUUGAUAUCAUCGAGGAAUUGUACCAAAGAAAUGUUCUCAAAGAGCGAGCGAAGAUAGAUUUACAGCUCAUGGUCUGUAUUACGAUAAACAUGAGACAUCUCGUGUACAGUAGGUAUGACCAGCAACGAGAUAUCAUAUCCUUUAUCAUUCCGAGAGCUGAACAAGAUGAUACACAGGUAUCCCCUAAAGUAGUUUCUGUGAGGGACUUUACAUCGAUCUACAGGUUUUAUGCUACAUUUUUACCUUGGUCACAAUUCUUAGAGGCGCAUAGAGGUGACAUAGCUACCUGUAGACACGAGGAAAGAUACUAUGACAGUAGCAAUACUAUGAAGGGGGAACUUCAUCAAGAAAUGUAUUUUACUAAAAAUGCAAUCAAAGCUUUCGAACUUGAACACAUAAGACUUCAGUCACUUGAUACAACGUAUAACAAUACAUUAAAACUUGCUGGUGUUAAACAUACCUUGGGUUUGCUUCAUAACUCACUGGGAAAUAAUGAUAUUUCAAUAAAAUACUGCAAUCAAGCUCUCGAAGAAGUCUUACAUGUCCACGGAGAUGCGCCCAAUGAGCAAGUAGCAUGGAUAAGAAAUAGCAUUGGCAUUGCAUAUGAUGAUAAGGGAAACUAUAGUGAGGCCAUCAAAUAUCACGAGCAAAGUCUUGCAAUGGAAAAAUUACUUAACGAGGACCAACCUCAUGAAGGAAUAGCUAUAUCACUGGGUCAUAUUGGCACAUCGUACAGGCAAAUGGGAGAUAACAACCAGGCCAUUAAAUAUCAUGGACAGAGUCUUUCAAUGCAAAAACUACUUAACGGGAACAAACCACAUUCAGGAAUAGCUAUAUCGUUGCGUAAUAUUGGUGCAACAUACAUGCAAAUGGGAAAUAAUAAAAAGGCUAUCGAACAUUAUGAGCAGGCUCUUACAAUGCAAGAACAACUUAACGGGAAUCAACCUCAUCCAGGAGUAGCUGCCUUGUUUGGUAAUAUUGGCACAGCAUAUAUGCAAAUGGGAGAUAACAACAAGGCCAUUGAAUAUCACGAGCAAAGUCUUGCAAUGCAAAAAGUUUUUCAUGAGGACCAACUUCAUCCAGGAAUAGCUGCAUCAUUUGGUAAUAUUGGCAUCACAUAUGACAAUAAGGGAGACUAUGAUAAGGCCAUUGAAUAUCAUGAGCAGAGUCUUGCGAUGCAAAAACUAUUUGAUUCGGAUCAACCUCAUCCAGGAAUAGCCAUGUCGUUGUGUAAUAUUGGUACGGCGUACAGUCAUAUGGGGAAUAGCAACAAGGCCAUUACUUAUCACGAACAGAGUCUCGCAAUACAAAAACAACUUUAUGGGGACACACCCAAUCCGGGAAUAGCUACAUCUUUGGGUAAUAUAGGCAUCGCAUAUGACAAUAAGGGAGACUAUAAUAAGGCCAUUGAAUUUCUUGAGCAGAGUCUUGCGAUGCAAAAACUACUUUACGGAGACCAACCUCAUCAAGAAAUAGCUGCAUCGUUGGGUAAUAUUGGUACAGCAUACAUGCGAAUUGGAAAUAACAGCAAGGCCAUUGAAUAUCACGAGCAGAGUCUUAGAAUAAAAAAAAAACUUAACGGAGACCAACCUCAUCCAAAAAUAGCAACAUCGUUGAGUAAUAUUGGUGCAGCUUACAGACAAAUGGGGGAUAACAACAAAGCCAUUAAAUAUCUUGAGCAGAGUCUCAUUAUGCAAAAACUACUUUACGGGGACCAAUCUCAUCCAGGAAUAGCUACAUCGUUGAGUAAUAUUGGUACAGCGUACAUGCAAAUGGGAGAUAACAACAAAGCCAUUGAAUAUCACGAGCAGAGUCUUGCAAUGAAAAAAAUGCUUCACAGAGAUAAAUCUCAUCCAGGAAUAGCUACAUCGUUGGGAAAUAUUGGUAUCACAUAUUUGCAAAUGGGAGAUUUCACCAAGGCUAUAGGAUAUCAUGAGCAAAGUCUUGCAAUGAAAAAAAUACUUUACGGGAGCCAACCUCAUCCAGAAAUAGCUGCCUCGUUGGGUAAUAUUGGAAAAGCAUACAUGCAAAUGGGAGAUAACAACAAAGCCAUUGAAUAUUGUGAGCAGAGUCUUGCAAUGCAUAAACUUUUUAACGGAGAUCAACCUCAUCCAGGAAUAGCCACAUCGUUUGGUAAUAUUGGUACAGCAUAUAUGCAAAUGGGAAAUAAUAACAAGGCCUUUGAAUAUCAUAAACAGAGUCUUACAAUGAAAAGGGUACUUUACAGGGACCAACCUCAUCCAGAAAUAGCUGCGUCUUUGGGUAAUAUCGGAAAAACGUACAUGCGAAUGAGAGAUUACAACAACGCCAUCGAAUAUUAUGAUCAGAGUCUUGGAAUGUAUAAACUACUUAACGGAGACCAACCUCAUCCAGGAAUAGCUACAUCGUUGUGUAAUAUUGGUACAGCAUAUAUGCAAAUGGGAGAUAACAACAAAGCCAUUGAAUAUUAUGAGCAGAGUCUUAAAAUGCAAAAAAUUCUUUACGGGGCCCAGUCUCAUCCAGAAGUAGCUACAUUGUUGAGUAAUAUUGGUACAGCGUACAUGCAAAUUGGAGAUAACUACAAAGCCAUCGAAUAUCACGCACAGAGUCUUGCAAUGAAAAAAAUGCUUCACAGAGAUCAAUCUCAUCCAGAUAUCGCUACAUCGUUGGGAAAUAUGGGUAUCACAUAUUUGCAAAUGGGAGAUUUCACCAAGGCUAUUGGAUACCAUGAGCAAAGUCUUGCAAUGAAAAAGCUACUUUACGGGAGCCAACCUCAUCCAGGAAUAGCUGUCGCGUUGGGUAAUAUUGGAAAAGCAUACAUGCAAAUGGGAGAUAACAACAAAGCCAUUGAAUAUAAUGAGCAGAGUCUUAAAAUGCAAAAACAACUUUACAGAAACCAACCUCAUCCAGGAAUAGCCACAUCGUUGUGUAAUAUUGGUACAGCAUAUUUUCAAAUGGGAAAUAACAACAAAGCCAUUGAAUAUUAUGAGCAGAGUCUUGCGAUGCAUAAGCUACUUAACGGAGAUCAACCUCAUCCAGGAAUAGCCGCAUCGUUGGGUAAUAUUGGUACAGCAUAUAUGCAAAUGGGAGAUAACAAUAAAGCCAUUGAAUGUUAUGAGCAGAGUCUGAGAAUGCAAAAACUACUUUACAGGGACCAGUCUAAUCCAGGAAUAGCUACAUCGUUGAGUAAUAUUGGUACAGCGUACAUGCAAAUGGGAGAUAACAACAAAGCCAUUGAAUAUCACGUACAGAGUCUUGCAAUGAAAAAAAUGCUUCACAGAGAUAAAUCUCAUCCAGGAAUAGCUACAUCGUUGGGAAAUAUUGGUAUCACAUAUUUGCAAAUGGGAGAUUUCACCAAGGGUAUAGGAUAUCAUGAGCAAAGUCUUGCAAUGAAAAAGCUACUUUACGGGAGCCAACCUCAUCCAGAAAUAGCUGCCUCGUUGGGCAAUAUUGGAAAAGCAUACAUGCAUAUGGGAGAUAACAACAAAGCCAUUGAAUAUUAUGAACAGAGUCUUGCAAUGCAUAAACUACUUAACAGAGAUCAACCUCAUCCAGGAAUAGCCACAUCGUUUGGUAAUAUUGGUACAGCAUAUAUGCAAAUGGGAAAUAAUAACAAGGCCUUUGAAUAUCAUAAACAGAGUCUUGCAAUGAAAAAGGUACUUCACGGAGACCAACCUCAUUCAGAAAUAGCUGCAUCUUUGGGCAAUAUAGGUACAACGUACAUGCGCAUGAGAGAUAAUAACAACGCCAUCGAAUAUUAUGAGCAGAGUCUUGCAAUGUAUAAACUCCUUAACGGAGACCAACCUCAUCCAGGAAUAGCCACAUCUUUGGGUAAUAUUGGUACAGCAUAUAUGCAAUUGGGAGAUAACAUCAACGCCAUUGCAUAUCAUGAGCAGAGUCUUGCAAUGAAAGAACUACUUUACAGAGACCGAUCUCAUCCAGGCAUAGCUACAUCGUUUGAUAAUAUUGGUGCAGUGUAUAGCAAAAUGGGUGAUAGCAAGAAGGCCAUUGAAUACUAUGAGAAGAGUCUCGAAAUUAUUAGGCAGAUAAGUGAUGGACAGAAUUCGAAUAAUCAACAGAUACCAAGUUUACUGUUAAGAAUCGCUCAAGCAUAUUUAGAGUUAGGUGAAGUGGACAAAGCUAUGGAAUACAGAACAAAGGGCCUGGCCAUAAGAGAGGGGGAGUAAAAGACCACACCAAUGUGUACACCUUGCGCUUCUAUAGCAUCACUUGGGUUAAUAACAAUGGAAAGCUAUUUAAAAAAACGCGUGCUUCUAUAGCAACACUGGAAACCUAUUUAGAAAAAGCUU